GAUACAGGCCCUCGUCCACUCGCACCGGCGCCAUGAGCCAGCCGCAGCUGCCCGAGAAAGAGAACAGGAGGCCCCUGCUCAAGAGGAAAUCCUCAGCGCCUUCCGGCAGCACUCCAGAGCCGGCGGACAGCGGCAGCAGCAGCGGCCGGCCUCCUCUCCGACGAGGAAGUUCCUUCACCUUUCUGACCCCUGGACCUUGGGAAUUUACUUUGAAAAGGAAACGACGCGCGAAAGAUGAUGAUGUCGUCAGCCUUUGCAGCUUAGAUAUUAAGGUACGGUAA